GCUUUGCUUCGAUUUCCACACGGAUUAAUUUUAACGGCGCACCGCAUCCAGUAUGACUUUCGCUUAGACAGAUGACAAAGACUGUGGGCAACUCCUGUGCAAUCCUACACUAUGCUGUCCUUACACACCGUGUCCAUCUGGAGCUGCUCUUCAAGUUGGUCUCACUGUAGGGGAGGCAGAAGAGUCCUGAAGUGGCUGCUGGGAAAUGUCGAGCAGAGAACAUUCGCGUCAUCCAACCUAAAAUUCUCUCCAGCUGUAAGGAGAGUUGCUCCUGUUUUCUCCAGAGCUUCUGCGUAUGGAGACAAUGUGGCCAUUACGGAUCACAGCGGGAGCCACACCUACCGCUCCCUCUACAAAAACAGCAAAAGCCUGGCGGGGCUCAUUACUAAAGCACUCACCUGUCAAUCAGGAGACCUGCAGGGCAAGCGUAUCUCAUUCCUGUGUGCCAAUGACGCAUCCUACACUGUGGCGCAGUGGGCGGCCUGGAUGUGUGGCGGCAUAGCUGUGCCAUGUACCAAGCAUCCUCCAAGUGAGCUGGAAUAUGUCAUCUCAGACUCCCAGAGCGAGCUGCUGGUAGCCGGACAACCUUUCAUGGAUACCAUUGAGCCCUUGGCCCAGAAACUAGGGCUGCCCUGCCUACAGCUUCCCACCACGUCUAGCCUAGAUACUCUACAGUCUGAGGACACACGGAUGCUACCUGAGGAGAACAUCUCAGACUGGGCAGAGAGGCCAGCCAUGCUCAUCUACACCAGCGGCACCACGGGCAGACCAAAAGGAGUGCUUCACACUCACAGCAGCCUGCAGGCCAUGGUUCAGGGUUUGGUGUCAGAGUGGGCAUGGAAUAAAGAUGAUGUCAUCUUGCACACGCUGCCCCUUCACCAUGUGCAUGGCAUCGUAAAUAAACUGAUGUGCCCACUCUGGGUGGGUGCUACCUGCGUCAUGCUGCCAGAGUUCAGUGCUCAGAAGGUUUGGGAGCAGUUGAUCAGUUCAAAGUCCCCCAUGGUGAAUGUAUUCAUGGCAGUUCCCACCAUCUACUCUAAACUCAUUGAAUAUUAUGACCAACACUUCACUCAGCCUCGAGUCCAAGACUUCAUCAGAGCUGUGUGCAAAGAGAGAAUACGGUUGAUGGUGUCUGGUUCUGCUGCUCUUCCACAGCCUGUCCUGGAGCGUUGGGCAGAGAUCACAGGUCAUGUGCUGCUGGAGCGCUACGGCAUGACUGAGAUUGGCAUGGCACUGUCAAAUCCACUUAAGGGGCCACGUGUACCUGGUACUGCAUCACUUCAUAAAUGUGCUGUUGGAGUGCCUCUGCCAGGAGUGGAAGUGCGUAUCAUGAUGACAAACACCACCAACGCUAUCAUCGCUGAGGGCAACAGCAAAGGAACCCGGGUGAAGGCUGGUUUGGAAGGGAAGGAGGGCGAGCUGUUGGUUCGAGGUUCUUCUGUCUUUCAGAAGUACUGGAACAAACCUCAGGAGACAGCAGACACCUUCACUGAGGACGGAUGGUUCAAAACCGGUGACACUGCACUCUACAGAGAUGGCGUGUACUGGAUUAUGGGCCGCACAUCAGUGGACAUCAUCAAGAGCGGAGGAUACAAGAUCAGUGCGCUAGACGUGGAGAGACAUCUGCUUGCCCACCCAGAUAUCACAGAUGUGGCUGUGAUUGGUGCUCCAGACCCAACCUGGGGUCAGAAGGUCACUGCAGUUGUGCAGCUGAAAAAGGGGAAGACUUUGACUCUGUCACAGCUAAAGGCCUGGGCCAGGGAGCACAUGGCUCCAUACACCAUUCCCACAGGGCUGAUCCUGGUGGAAGACGUGCCCAGAAACCAGAUGGGCAAGGUGAAUAAGAAGGACCUUCUUCGCCAGUUUUUCCCCACUCGCUCUGAUUGAACCAUGUCUGAUCCAAGAUCAGUCUUCAGAGAGAUGGGAGUCUUAACCACAGACUGAAGAACUGUGUCCGGAUCCGAUCUAUGCAAGAAAGGAGAUUGUGAUGUCUCCUCACUGAACAGUAGAUGGCAGCGUGAGUGAUGAGACGUGUCCACAAUGCAAAGCACUGUAUUGUUCUUAAUAUACUUGAUUUUUGUGGUGGUUUAUUUAGCAGAUAAUAGAUGAAAUAAAAAAAAAAGUGUGUUUUAAACGUAAUCUAUAUUUAAAAUAAGACAAUGUAAUAAUAUGACUUCAUUAAACUGAAGAAAAUUUGACAAUGUACACAUUUUAAAACACUGAAGGUGUUGAG